GACCACGCCACGCGCACGCCGUUGAAAAUGUGACAUCGAGCGGCCCGAGCUUACGGUCUCUCGAGUUAUCCCGUCACGGUGACGUUUAUCCCCCGGAUUCCCGUUCACGCGAGGACACGCCAGUGAGAUAUAACGCAGGGACCGACGCGACGGACGGUCCGAUCGUCGUCCCGAUCUAGUUUCCCCGACGUGCUGUGCGCCCCGUGAUCCCCGCCGAUCGUGUCCCCAUACGUACGUGCGACCACUGCCGAGUGGCCCAGUGAGAAUGUAAUUGAAUCGACGUAUCAUCGGUACGAACGAUCAAUCGCGAGAGCUUCGCCGAUAGGACACGCAGUGAAUCGUGCACUUUUCAACGUUCGUUCGUCCAGAUCGCAGCUGGAAGUCGACUAGGAUUUCUGAAAUCAAGAUGAAACUUCACGAGAAGAAAGAGUCCGGCAUCCACCGAGUGCAGGAGGUGCCGCUCGAGGAGCUGGACCUAUCCAAGGAGUACGAGGUGGAGAAGACUCUGGCUGAAGGUAGCUUCGCGAAAGUGUUGCUCGCGACGCAUCGUCCGACCCGGACCCGCAUAGUCCUGAAAGCCGUCCACCAGGAGCUAACCACCGAGAAGGAUUUCUUCCGCGAGUUCCACUACUCAUACCAUUUAAGCCCGCACCCGAACAUCCUCUGCUCGUACGCGGUCGCGUUCAAAGCAGACAAUUGUUUCGUAUUCGCGCAGGAAUAUGCUCCCCACGGCGAUCUAGCCGGCAACGUGAGGGCCGGUGGUCUCAGCGAGGAAGCUUGCAAGAGGAUCGCCGGUCAAUUAGCCUCCGCCCUCGAAUUUAUCCACUCGAAGCAGUUAGCUCACCGAGACAUCAAGCUAGAGAACGUGCUGGUGUUCGCGGCGGACAUGUCCAAGAUCAAGCUGUGCGACUUCGGGUGCACCAGACGCGAGGGCACGCUGGUGAACAAGAUCCGAUGCACCUGGCUGUCGUUCCAGCCCCCCGAGAUCUACGAGAUAGUGAAGAACGAGAGGUACGCGUGCAAGAGGAGCGCCGACUGCUGGCAGUUCGGCAUAGUGCUGUUCGUGUGCCUGACGGGCAACCCGCCCUGGCAGAGCGCCGACUUGAUCCAGGACCCCGAGUACUCGGCGUUCCAGAGGUGGCUCAAGAGGCGCACCACAAAGAUACCACCCACCUUCCGGCGUUUCACGCCCAGGCUGCUGCGAUACUUCAGGCGGGUGUUCGAGCACAAGCCCGAGAAGAGGCCGCACGUCACGGAGAUCAACAAGUACCUGAAGGACUCGUGGUGCGUGAACAAGAUCAGCCACAGCGCGACGUCUACCUCCGUAGACGCGAGCGAGACGAUCGCGCGGAGAGCCGACAGCUUGUUAUACCUAGACACUGUCCUCGACGAUCAGCGAAACGUCGACGAGAACAAGAACAAGCUGAGGAAGCUGCUGAACAGUUACGGUCUCGAGACCAGUAUCGAUCAGAAGGUGGUGACGAAGAGGAUCUGGGAGUGGGUGAUGCAGUGCGACUCGAACGUCGGUGAGCCACCUUUGAUUGGCAGCCUCGGAACUGAGGGUAUCUGAGGGAUGGCUAGGGCUGCCAGUGAACCUUGUCUCAGAAGCAAUCGCCGAGAACGGAAGUACAGCCUGGACGGUGUCGGGAGCGUUCCCGAUGAAACCGUAGCGGCCGGCUCCUCCUCCAUUCUCCCGCACGACGAACCAACUGUCCGGACCACGUGAACGGAUUUCCACUCAUCCCUGUGCACAUCCUCGAUCAUUCCCUUGGGCUGCGCAUCGCCGCCGCCCACGCGUCCCCGCGCGCGAUUACGCGACGCGGGGGCGAUCGAUAAUUCCCCGACACCCUGUUCCUGCACCACGUUCGUUCUUCCUCGAUGUUUUGGUUCCCCUUUCGGAAACUUUUCCCACGGUCACUCCUUUCCUCCGACUCGUUUUCAUCUCCCUACACUCUUCACCUACACACUGUCUAUUCUUCUCUACGAGCGGACCAAUUAUCGACGAACGUGUCGCGAAACGUGAAUCGUCGCCGAUUUUCGUAAGCUUCCUUUUUUCAUCGCGGGACAGGAGUCCCGUGCGACGCGGUGCUCUCGCGAUUUUCCGUGAUCUAGUUCGAUCCGGUUUCCCCCGAGUCGUCCCGGGGACCGAAGGUUCGCACGCGUUUGUCGUGCUCGCGGAUCGACGGGACAGGGGAACGGUAUGUCAGCACGGAGAACGCUCGCCGAUGCGAAGUUCGGCGUUCCCCGCGCGAUUGUUUUGUUAAAAAUUAAACGCGACCGUCGGACUUUGUAUUUUUGGGAAUGACGUCGUUCGAUUUAGCGAAACUGGAUCACGAAGAUCGCGCGCCGCGUCGCGGCACGGCCGAUCCUUCUCUUCUUCUUUUCACCGAUGAACAUGUACGAAACGAAUGUGAUC